AGUGACAGACCGACGAUUACGGCAUCAAAACAUUCAUCGCAAGUCGUGCUUUCUAGUCACGAUUCUUCACGCGGAAAAGAAUUUCGAUUUAACCAGUGGAAACCUAGUGAAAAAUGAAUAAAAUAGCAGUGAACCUGUUGCAGAGAGGUGCCAGCUUCCGGAUUCCGCAGCAAUCGUACCAUGUACUGCGGAGAAAUUACAGUUUCAAAAGUGAUUUGUCGCUGGACAAAAUCUACCCCUCUAGCAACUUACGUUUGUACACUCCACCGCCACCGCACGCCACCGGGGAUAAAUUUACCGGAUUCAUUCCACUAGACAAGCUGGAAAUAACUCACAGUCGCAGUAGUGGCCCCGGAGGACAAAACGUCAACACGGUCAGCACGAAAGUCGACAUUCGAUUCCACCUGGAAUCUGCCAAUUGGUUGUCGGAAGCCACCCGCAAACGAUUGGCUGAAUUGCAUAAAAAUCGCAUCACCAAAGACGGUUACCUGUUCGUACGGAGCGAGCUGACACGUUCGCAGCAAAUGAAUACGGCCGAUGCGUUGGAAAAACUGCGCAACUUUAUCCGGCAAGCGGAGAUACCGGUCAGCGCAGAAAUGUCCCCGGAAACGCAAGAAAUGUUGCGCCGAAGGCAUGAAAAGGCCGCCCGCGAACGGCUGGCCAUCAAGCGUUCCCGUUCGCAAACCAAAGCGGAUCGGCGGGCACCAUCGUUGUAAAUGGGGCAUGUUUGAAUAAAGCUGAAACUGAGAAUUAGACAUAUUCAA